AUGAAUACAUCACAAAAAGUUUCACCAGUUUCAUCAUCAACAGUCAGUUCGAUGAAAUCUAAGGAGACAAUAAGUGCACUUCCAGGUUUUCUUAUUGGUGGUGCAGCAGCGUGUGCCGCAGUUACAUUUACAAAUCCAUGGGAGGUUGUGAAAACUCGAUUGCAACUUCAAGGAGAAUUAGCCCGUGGUAAUUCAAAUUAUGUUAGACCUUACAGAAAUAUAUUUCAAGCGGUGUAUCUUAUUCUUAAACAUGAAGGAGUUCGCGGUAUCCAAAAGGGAUUAGGUCCAGCUUAUGCGUACCAAUUAGUGAUGAAUGGAUCACGACUUGGACUUUAUGAUCCGAUGAGAAAUUCACUUGUAAAACUUUUUAAUACAUCAAGUACUUCGAUGCCUAUUAGUAUAAUUUCAGGAUUUUUAUCAGGAUCAAUUGGAGCAGCGAUAGGAUCCCCAUUAUAUCUUGUUAAAACUCGUAUGCAAUCAUAUUCAACUUUUACAGCAAUUGGACACCAACAUAAUUACAAAAACACUCUUAAUGCUUUACAAAGUGUGGUUAAAGGGGAAGGAUUAAAAGGUCUUUUUAGAGGAGUUGAUGCUUCUAUGAUUAGAACUGGUGUUGGGUCUUCUACUCAACUUUCAAGUUAUUUUUUAACAAAACGUUACGCGACAAAAUAUAGUGGCAUGAGUGAUGAUGAUAUACUGGUACAUAUUUUCAGUAGUUUGGUAAGUGGCCUUUGUGUUUGUAUAAAUAUGAAUCCUUUUGAUGUAGUUAGUACUCGUAUGUAUAAUCAGAAAGUUGAUCAAAGUGGAAAGGGAAG